GGAUCCGUACUAGUUUUUAACUUGUUUGCAUAUAACAUUACACAGUGUUUUAAGUGAGUAAUGCUGAGGUUUGUAACAUCAUCUGCGCCCAAAUUCUUCGCCGCAAACCCCCUUCGGACCAUUUCACCCUUUGCUUCUCGCUUCUCAGUUCGUUCCAUGGCUGACUCUGCCCCUUUCAACAAAAUCCAGAUUCAAAGGGAUGACAACACAACAUUUGAUGCAUAUGUCAUUGGCAAACAAGAUGCUCCUGGAAUUGUUGUGCUCCAAGAGUGGUGGGGUGUAGAUUUUGAAAUUAAAAACCAUGCUGCUUUGAUUUCUCAACUUGGUCUUGGAUUUAAAGCUCUUAUCCCAGAUCUAUACAGAGGAAAGGUUGGUCUGGAUGUUGCAGAAGCACAGCAUUUGUUUGACGGUCUUGAUUGGCCAGGUGCUGUGAAGGAUAUCCAUGCUUCAGUUGACUGGCUUAAAGCAAAUGGUUCAAAGAAGGUUGGUGUAACUGGAUUUUGUAUGGGGGGUGCUCUCGCAAUUGCAAGCUCUGUGCUGGUUCCACAUGUUGAUGCUGUUGUCGCAUUCUAUGGAGUUCCUUCUUCUGAUCUUGCAGACCCUUCUAAGGCCAAGGCCCCUGUUCAGGCUCACUUUGGAGAGCUGGACAAUUUUGUUGGCUUUUCAGAUGUUACGGCUGCAAAGGCAUUGGAGGAGAAGUUAAAGGCAUCCGGAGUUCCAAACGAAGUACACAUAUACCCUGGCAACACUCACGCAUUCAUGAACAGGUCUGCAGAAGGAAUAGCUAGGAGGAAGAACAUGGGAUUGCCCGACGAAGAUGAAGCUUCAGUUCAGCUGGCGUGGUCUCGCUUCCAAUCGUGGAUGACACAGUACUUGUCCAGCUAGGUAAUUUAUUACUAGCUGAGUUCAGCUGAGAUAUGCCACAAUUAUGUGUUCUACCUUAACUGGUAUGACUAAUGGUUUCAUCUAUGAUGCACGUGUUUUAAUAAAUACAUCCUAUGGACUGUAAGCAACGGUUUAAUACAUUUUGGGUUGAGACUAGUGAAUAGUGUGAAUCGGAAAUUUGAGUUGUUUAGUAUGAA